AUGGUCGUUUGUCCAAAGAAGAAUGGCAAGCCGCGACGCACUGUUGACUUUCAGGCACUCAAUGCCCAUGCCAUUAGAGAGACACAUCACACACAAUCCCCCUUCCACCAAGCCAGAUCAGUGCCACAGAAUAAGAAGAAAUCUGUCUUCGAUGCAUGGAAUGGCUACCACAGUGUCCCCAUUCGAGAUGAGGACAAACACCGUACCACAUUUAUCACCCCAUGGGGCCGAUAUAGAUAUCGCACUGCUCCACAAGGAUAUAUCGCCUCCGGAGAUGGAUACACAAGACGCUUUGACGAGAUUGUGUCUGAUGUGCCAAACAAAACCAAGUGUGUGGAUGACGCACUCCUAUGCAGUGAAGAGCCUGACUACAGUGUAGAGGAUGCCACUCUCCAGUCUGCUGCAUCUGCAAUCAGCUCCUUGGAACCCAUCACGUGGAACAAGGUGAAAAUUGCCACCACUAGCGAUGUAUCCAUGGCCAAACUCGUUGAUCUUAUUGAAACUGGGAUGCCAGAAUCCCGCCUUGAACUUCCUACCGCACUACGUGAAUUUCAUCAGUUCAGAGAGCAUCUCCACACGGUAGACGGAGUUGUGCUAUACAAGGACCGGAUUGUGAUCCCACCAGCACUACGUGAAGAUGCCCUUACUGCCCUCCAUUCUGCACACCAAGGCAUCUCAUCAAUGAUGUCCAGAGCUGAAGCAUCUAUCUUCUGGCCCGGACUCACAUUGGCCGUUACAACCCUCCGAACCAACUGUGCUCACUGCAAUCAGAUGGCUCCAUCACAACCAUCAGCCCCACCAACACCACUAGUAUACCCAUCUUACCCCUUCCAAUGUCUAUGCGCUGACUUCUUUCAUUACAAGGGUGUCAACUAUCUGGUGCUGGUCGACAGAUACUCCAACUGGCCAAUAGUGGAGAGAACUGCUGGAGGUGCACCUGGACUCAUCAACUGCUUACGACGCACAUUUGUCACAUUUGGCAUACCUGAUGAACUUUCCUCUGAUGGGGGACCCGAAUUCACAGCCUCUGCAACCAGAGAGUUCCUUCACACAUGGUCAGUACAUCAUCGACUAUCUUCUGUCGCCUUCCCCCACAGCAACUGCAGGGCAGAAAUUGGCGUGAAGACAGUCAAACGCAUGAUCACUGACAACACUGGACCCCAGGGUGAACUUGACACGGAUGCUUUCCAAGGGGCAAUGCUUCAGUACAGUGGUGGUGGUCCGAUUAAUUGA